CAGUGACUCGAUGUCAUCGUCUCUGGAUACGUAGUUAGUAGUUGUUAAUCCCCGCGCGGAGUUCUGCUCGAUGAUGACAGACUCCGCUUCACUGGAGAAUUCUUCGUCUGGUGGGAACUUCACGUCGGGGAAUCUAUUCCCCGACUUGGAUCCCCCACAAACGUGGCGCGUAGUGGCAACCGUGACGUUUUUUGUUACGAAUGUGCUCAGCAACGCGAUCCUGGCAGUUGCGGCAUGGACGGGUCUGAGGAGGAGUCGAGGUGCCACUCGACGCUUAUCGUUAGUUACGGAUUUCCCUCAAUCAACUAGGAGACAGAAAGAGCUCAAGGCCACCGCGUGUGACCACAUUCUGUUAGCCGUUUUUUUCGUGGCAAUGUGUCGCUCGUGCACAAGAGCACCGGUCCAGGUCGUGCAAAUGCUCACAGGCGAACCUACGGUAGGACAUUUAUCGUGCCAACUCCAAGGGUUUCUAAGCUGCCUCCUGGAAUACCUUCACUUUUGGUACCUAAUGAUGUUCGUCAUGGAAAGAUACAUGAGGAACAGCAGCCCUUAUGAGUACACUCUGACGUUUAGUCCAUUAAAUGCGUACGUGAUACUGCCCGGCUUGUUCUUGGUCAUAGUGCCGCAAGUGACGGGGCCCAUGUAUGGCUGGGGGCGGUAUGAUUUGAUUCCUGAGUUGUACGUGUGCGACCUCGCAUCGGAUUCUAAGCACAGCUGUUCGUAUCAAAUGUUCACCAACUUCGAGGUGCUCUUUCCUGUCAUUCUCAUGUCUUUGUACUCGACUCUGUCAUUCCUCCUACGCACUCCGGAACAACCAGCCAAGACAACGGGCGAGUCGAGAUUGCUUUUUCCGAGAAAAGAAAAGCUCACCGUCCUUGUCAUCUGCAUCUUUUGCUGCAUACUGGUGCCCAGCUCUUUCGCCGGCGUACACACCGUACGUGCUUGCGUGACAUCAGUACCUCCAUGGUUGUUGGUCUCUAUGGAUUUGGCGUGUGAACUGAAUUUGUUCAUCCCGCCCGUGCUAGUCUACGUAUUUCAUGGCCAGAGAAUCCGCUCGCUGUUCGUCGAGGAUCGUCAGCGAGAGAACAUUCCCCUCGUGUCCGGACCGCCUCGCAAGUCCUUCAUAGGAAUGACGGAUUUGUAG